UGUGUUUGGUGCUGAUGGAGUGAAGUCAGUGUCAGUGUCAGUGAUGGGGGGAGAUUCUGUCACUCUACACACUGGUGAUACUAAAACACAGAGAGUUCUGGAACUGGUGUGGAAGAUUCAAGGUGAAAAUAAAUUCAUGGCAGAGAUUGAUAAAGAAAUUAAUAAACUAUCAGUACCAGGGAAUGAGGAAGAACCAUUCAGAGGCAGACUGAAGCUGGACAAUCGGACAGAUUCUCUGACCAUCACAAACCUCAAAACAACAGACUCUAGAGUUUAUGAACUACAGAUCAAGACCACAAAAGAGACCAAAUCCAAGAUAUUCAAUGUUGAUGUCAGUGAUGGAAUGAAGACAGUGUCCGUGAAUGAGGGAGAAUCUGUCUCUCUUCACACUGGUCUAAUUGAAAUAAAGGAAUAUGAUCUGAUAUUGUGGACAUUUGAAAACCAUCUCAUAGCUAGAAUAAACAGAGCUACCAAUCAGUUUUUAUUAUUCAGUGCUGAAGGGAAAUUUGAAGGCAGACUACAGCGAGUGGAUCAAAGUGGAUCUCUCAUCAUCAGUGACUCCAGAACCACAGACUCUGGAGAUUAUCAUCUACACAUGAGCUGCAGCACAUCCACCUUACAGAGGACCAUCACUGUUACUGUCACUUAUUCAGGACUAUCUCCAGGUGUUAUAGCAGGAAUAUGUGCUGCUGCUGUUGCUGGGCUGGUGAUUCUGAUUGGUUGUUGCUACUACUGCUGUAAAGAGUAAGAA